UUCAUGUAGUACUUCGUUUCUUGAACAAAGCCAACAACUGCAAUAUAACGUUUUAGUUUGGCAAUUUCAUAACAAUGUUUUUUCCCCAUUUUAAGUAUACGGAUUCAUUACAUGUUCAGAAAUUAGAGUUUGUUGGUUUAUAAAAUUUCUUUGACAACUUAAUUUGGAGCUUCUUUUAACUAAUUCGGUCCUACGGAGCUCCCGUAGCUGCCACCUUCUUCCUAGCUAUCUCGUUUAGCACGGUAGCGAACCGCAUCUGAAUUGUGGUGUUACCACUGUCAACAAGCGCUACAGGCCAGAGACAAGAGACUGAUUCUACACAUGGUGUGAAAACACAACGUCAAAUGGGAUUGUCAAAUGUAAAAACUCAGCUGCCCACCAAAAACACACUUGACUGUUUUUAGUUUAAACUGCUGCACCAAUGGAUGAAGAAAUACAGCAGCCUCGCGGGAACCAGCCUGUGGAAAAAGAAGCGAGUCAAAGCAGAGAGAAGACUAACAAAUUCCAGGAUGGACAUGAACAUGAUCUAUCUGGAAGCCCCAUGCUACUACAUGUAGGAGAAGCUCGACGAGAAGAGUCUCGGACUCAGGAAGAAAAGCCCCCUGUUGGCUGUCCUCCCACUGACUGGUUGGAGCCACUAGAAGAAGAUGACCAAGGUGGUGGUGAUGAUGAAAGUGUAGCAGGAGAAAGUGAAAAGAGUCAUAGUGUAAAAGGCAGUGAGAAUGCUCUAAAAACAGAUAGACUGGUCCGACGUCGACGCAAGCGUACCCAUCCCGAUGAGGGAUGGUUUGACUUCCCUGGUCUUGGAGAAGGUUGGAAACGCAAAGAGGUUAUCCGGCAAUCUGGUUCUAGUGUUGGCCAAACGGAUGUCUAUUACCUCAGUCCUCAAGGUUAUCGGGUGAGAAGCAGAGUGGAGCUGAUGACACUGCUUGUUGGAGUCAAUGACAUAUCAAAUUUUGACUACAAGUCAGGGAAGUUCUAUAAUGGCGGAGUGCGAAAAUCAAGAGGCAGAAAGAAGAGGAAGGUGCGGGAGCGCUCAUCCUCUGAGUCCAGCUUGAUGGAACGGGGAGAUGAGGCAGACAUGCCGGACUACCACCCUAAGCCCCCUCCCAUCCAUUGGACCAAAUCCUUCCUCUCUAACGACACACCUUCCCAAAAUGAAAGUAGUGAAAGUGUCGUACCCAGUAUUAAAAUAAAAUUUCGCCUGCCGUCAUCAUCCAAAUCACACCUCUCCAUAAAAGGACAACCUGGCCCUGAUGAUAAAACAUUAUUGUGCUCCAAAUGUGGUAUGCCCUUCAUUGGCACGUGGUACGACCGCCAACGAAAGAGACCCUCUUGUCCUUCCUGUUGGGCUUCAAAGACAAUUGAACACCCAUUGAUUCGUUUACGCAAGUGGAUUCCAUGUGGGCAGUGUGUGGGAUGUCACAUGACGGUAAACUGUGGCCAGUGUGCCAACUGCAAAAGUCCUGAGAACCGAAAACGUAUAUGCAGAAUGCGCAAAUGUCUUUGUCCAAUUCGGAAAAGCACUGAAACAGAAAGUGUCAUCCCAAAGAUGCCAGAAAAUGACAUUUCUGAGUUACUGGAUGACAAUCUAAGUUUGCAGGAGGAACCUACAGAGUCACAGCAACAGGAUGUAAAAAGCAGUGAAACAGAGAACAUUUCUUCCAACAUGGACUUUGAGGAUGAUGAUGACUACUCAACGGAUGAUGAUGAUGAUUGGCAUAAGAAGCGGAAGCGACGUGCCUGUGGAGAAUGCAACGCGUGUCUCUGCAGGAAGGACUGCGGCACAUGUGAUUUUUGUGUUGACAAACCCAAGUUUGGUGGCAGCAACAAAAAGAGGCAGAAGUGUCGCCUCCGACAGUGUCAGAGACAGGCAAUGAGGCACUUGCUCCCCUUUGAGAUGUCUCAAGGCGCUUAUAGGUCAGAUGAUCCAUCACUGCCAGGCAGGCCAAGGCCUCACUACACAUACAGUCGAAAGACAAAUUUAAAAAGGAAUAAAUUGCCACCAGGCUGCUGGGACUUGAGUGACGACGACGACGACUUCCAAGAUAUGAACUGGAGCUCCGAACCUUUGAGAAAUAAUGCAAAUGACAUUAACCUGAUGGACCAAUCUAAACAGUUAAAUCGUUCAAUUUUGGAAGAUCAAGAAGUGGCAAAACGUGACGGUUUUCAAGACAACAGAAGUUUUCAAGACCAGCAAAAGGAAAGGGAUGAAGAGGAGACGCACAUUGAAACAGAUUAUCUAAGGCACAUAGAAGAGGAAGAUAAUGACUCUGAGUUGCCUAUGAUCACACAGAUCUUCAGUUUGGCUGAUAAUCCUGUUGAAACAAUGGUGGAUGGUGAUAGCCAGCUUUUGAAUCUGCUCAGUUCUUUGCGUUGCACCUCCUUGCCGAUCCUCUGGUAUGCAGUAAUGGCGAAGGGCCCACAGAUUCAGCUUGUCCAGUGUUCAAAACAGUCCAACAUGUCUGAUACCAUCGUGCUGAUUGACCCAGGCUUCUUCUAUCAGGUCACUGUGCAAAAGCAACCCCUUUUACCCACCCACUCACUAUAUCGUAAAUUCCCGCAAAAGUUGACCUCUGUGACUGAAGUGGUCAGUCUGCUUUUGGGCCUGGAGAAAUAUGCCCUAUGUCAAGGGCUGCCCCCCAAAGGGCCGUUAUCCAGCCAUGCCCCUAUUACGUUGGAGCGAGCUGCAACAUGUGAGUUCUUGGUGAAGAAAAACAUUGACAUCUGCUUUAACUGCAAAUUUCUUUGUGAAUGAGGAUGUUGAAAUUCACAUUGAGACUAAAAGUGGGACCAAGGCACUGCUGUACCACCAUGUAUUUCCUCUCACUAUCUUGAUACGCCACAGAUUGACCUCCGACCUGGGAUAGUACAAUUGAAGCAUCACCAAAGGCAUUCCAUGGACAUUAGGAGCAUUUCUUUGUGGUUUUUUUUUCUUUUGUCACUUUGAAAGGUGGCAAUUUAGACCUUCAUAUUGUAUCAUGCUAACAUGGACUUGGUAUAAAUGUGUCAAUUUAAUUUAAAAAAAAAAAAACACCUUGGUUUUUGUUAUACUAGUGUCCAGAAAAGCCUCCUCUUCAUCAUCUUCUGUCAGACCCAGUUUUGUAUCCACUUUGUGCAUAGAUGGCAAAGACCGCCCCCUUUCAUCUGAUUGCUUUCCUCUGUGAUGAAGACCCAACCCUCACUACUUGUGGGAGCUUUCCUCUGUGAUGAAGACCCAACCCUCACUACUUGUGGGAGCGCACAUUUAUCUUGACAGUGCUGGCUCAAGGAGGGUAGGUAGAAGUACAGUGCUGUGAAAAUGUAUUUGCCCUCUUCCUGAUGUGUUUAUUUAUUUUUUGCACAUCUAUCACACACAAAAUUAUCAAAUCAUCAAAACAAUUUUAAUAUAACUCUGAGAUAACCCAAGGGAAUGCAAAAAGCAGUUUUCAAAUGACAAUUAAAUUUAUUAAAGGCUCAAAAAAAUCUUAAGUCUUUGUUUGACCAUCUGUGAACCCCCUCCAAAAAAAACAUAAUACUAGGUUUAACAAGGGGACAAUUAUGUUUUCACAAAGGGUCAGAAAAAUAUAUUUUUUUUGUUCCUUAAAUUAAAUUGUCAUGUGAAAACUGCAUUUUGCAUUUCCUUGGGUUAUCUCUGAGUGAUAUUAAAAUAGUUUUGAUGAUUUGAAACCUUUGUGUGUGAUGGAUAUGCAAAAAAAAAAAAAAUCAUGAGGGGGCAAAUACUUUGUCAUGACACUGUAAGUGGAGAUCUUUGCUAGUGACUUGGAUAACUACGAAAUUGGAAUGACUCAUUUGCAGGCUUCUGGGCAGAAAAACAUGAAACUCAGGAAUGAACGUUUUCAAUCACAUUUCACAUGUUUACGUAGGCACCAUCAUGCCAAUAUGGCAUCCCAUAUACCCGAAAAAGUUGGUUUUGUAAAAUAUGAGCCCUGUAAAGAUUUAUGGGUGGAUGCAAAUGCUCUCACAGUUGUGUGGUUAGUGGUUUACUUGGGGAAUGCGUGCAUACUAAUGGACUUCUCAUCUUUUACCUCAUGCUGCCGGUCAUGGCCAAAUUCAAGACUCAACAGUAAUGACCCCUCUCAUACUUUUAUCCCAUGUUUGUUGUGCCACUGCCCUAUUUUCCUUAUAGCCAGCAUAAUGGUUUAAUGAUCAUUCAGUCCAAUGACGUUAGACAUCCCGGAUGCUGGAUUGGAUCGGUUUUAUCAAACGUCUGUUGGCACUCAAAAUAUGAAAAUCUGUUUUAACACAGCUAAAUUACCAUGACAUUCAGUUUCAUAUGACAUGUAUUCAUUUUAACGCCAUUUGAAAAUUGUGGAAAUAUUUUUGGAACUGACUUGAAAUGUCAAUGUAAUGUUUGAAAAUGACCACUAUUCAACAAGAUGGAGUUCAGAGUACCUUAAAUGUAUGCACACAAACAGAUGUGGUCUUAUUCCUUUUCCGUUCUUUCUUUUUCUCCCAAAUGAAACUGGAUGGUUAUCAUAUCACAGAUGACAUUUCUUGCAUAGUGGGGAAGAUAAGUGUUUGAUAAUGCCACAAUUUUUUUACCCACUUGCAAAAAAUGGGCAGGUCUGAUGUUUGCCUAUUUGGUUAAAGCAUACGGGAUGUGUGUCAAACUCAAAGCACGGGAGUCAAAUCUGGCCUGCCACAUUAUUUGGCCCAUGAAAGCAAAUCAUAUGCAUCAUGUUUCAUGUAGAAAUACUGAAACUGAAAGAUUUACUGUUACUAAUGUUGAGGUAUUGUAAGCAUUUUUUUUUUACCACCAAUUCCCAUUUUAAAAUAAAUGGAGUAGUUGAAUUUUUUACUGGAUUCUGAUUUCAAAAUUAAUUUGUUGUGUAUAUAUUAUAAUCAGGUGAUCAAACAUUUAUAUGGGCUCUCUCUGGCCUACUCACCAAUUACCUAACAAAAUCUUAACAGUGAUAAAAAUGAAAUCUUACUCAAAGGUAGCAAGUCCGUGCUAGCCAAAAUGGACAGUUUUUCCCUUUGACUUAAUUCUGCUGUCCUUGUUCAUAGCCUUGUUACUUUACACUUCGAUGAUUGCAUUUCUCUCCAGUAGGCUCACUCCAAAAACCACAGCUUCUCCAGAACUGUUCUGCCCAUAAUCUCAAAAGGACACCCUACACUCACCACGUCACCCCAGCCUAGCAACAACUCCACUGGCUCACUGUCCAAUAGUUCAUUCAGUCUAAUAUACUGAGCUGCAUUUUCAAGGCCAUCCAUGACAUUGCCCUGCCAUACCUCGCUGACCUUUACGUUGUCAUCUCUGAUCUUCAUUCUCUAUCCGCCUCACUGCCCGUCUGCAACCGUGGGGGACAGACCCUCAGCCAGUCUACAAACCUGUCUUUGGAGCUCAAUACCACCUGACCUCUGAGACAUAAACUCUUUAACCCUCUUCAAAUCCAAACCCAAGGCACCUAUUCAUUUUAACCUUUCACACACAAUUUUCCAUUUUAAUUGUUUUAUAGACCAAUUACAAUGAAUUUAGGACAUUGUCCAUGUCCAUUUUCAAUUGUGUUAAAAACAGAACACAGUCAUUUGCAAAUCAUGUUCAACCUAUAUUUAAUUGAAUACACUACAAAGACUAUAUUUACUAUAUACUAAAAGUGUUUGACUAUUUUCUCUCACACUUCUUUGCAAAGAAGUGAGCCUCGCCCCAUCGUCACUUGUGAAUGAGUAAGCAAUUCCGGGAAAGUCAUUUUAAAACAAUCACGCCAUCCUACCUGUUCCCAAUUAGCCAGUUAGCCUGUUGUGCGGGAUGUUCCAAACGGGUGAUUUGUCUUUUUGUUUGUCUUCUUUGCUACCUGUCCCAGCUUUUUUGGAACAUGUUGCAGCCAUAAAUUUCUAAGUUAAUGAUUAUUUGCUAAAAACAGUGUUUAUCAGUUUGAACAUUAAAUAUCUCAUCUUUGUUGUUUAUUCAGUUAAAUACAUUUUGAAUAUGAUUUGCAAAUCAUUGUGUUCUAUUUUUAUUUAUGUUGAACACAACAUACUUUGUUGGGAUUGGGUUUGUUUGUUGUCUUGUCUCAUUCUUGGUCUUGACUCAGACUUUGGGAGAUCAUUACUAUUUGCUUUCAUUUAUUUGUAGUUUCCUCAGGAAAUUGUUUACCCCUCUUGUUGGUACACACCCCUGACUUUGUUGCAGUCAGCAUGGGAUCAAUUCCUGCUCAGUGAUGGUGUCGAUAUCUACCCUGCAACUGACUGGUGACCAGUUUGGGGUGCAGUCUGUCUUUCACCUAAAGUUAGCUGGGAUAGGCUUCAGGCCUUCUGCGACCCUUGCGAGGAUAAGCGGCUUGGAAUGGAAAGAGGGAAAAAAUGGAAUUGAUCAUUGUGUGUUGAAAUAAAUAUUUCAGCUUAGUCUUCAAUAAAUGGGUCCCAUGUGCCUGAAUAUUUGAUAUAUCUCACAAAGUGAAAUGUAAUGUGCAUUAUCCACUGCUGUUCCAUGUUAUUACAGCAAUUUAAUUCUGACAUGUAAAAAGGGAUUCCACCCCCUUCACUCCGUUCCAUGCUUUUAUUUUGAUGGUCAUGGGAUGUUAAUUGAAGGGAUACCAUUAUAAUGCCUUUAUUUUAUGAACCUGGCAUCUGAUGUUGUCUUGAAGUCCUUACACAGUCAUAUUUUUAUCAUCAAAUGUUUCUUUUAUAAUUUAAAGAAAUGUGAAAUAUAAUAUUUGUUUCAACUAC